CAGUCUUCUUAUAACUACAAUCGCUUGUCAUCUUCCGAGGUUCAGCUUUAGUGAAGCAUUCGAGCUAUCUUAUCACCGGACUUUGUAAAAUGACGACCCAAUACCCACCCCCACCAUCCCGAGACCCUCCUCCCGAACUCCCUCGACGCCGGAAUGUCAACACCUCGGAACCUACGAUCCCAGCCGGACCUUCUACUUCUCAUGAAGAUCCAAGCGUCAUGGAUAGCAUCAAAUCAAAGUUACCAUUCACCCACGAGCAUGAAGAGGGGGAUGACGAUUCGUUUGACGUGAUCGGAUACUGGGCGAUCACCGCACUCAGCUGGCUAUUCCUCCUUGCCAUUCCUCUCCUCCUCUUUCCCCGUCUCCUCGCUUUCCUAGCCCAGUCCAACAACGACCCUUCUUUCAACCUCGCGUCCAGUCAUAAAAAGGGGCAACACUAUGACGAUCUGACCCCGCUGGAGAAACUCUUAGCUCAACAGCUUGGUUGGGGAUGUGUGGGUGUUGCGGUAGUGUUGGCUUGUAUCAUCGCCUCUCCAAACAGUCCUGCACCUCCCUUCCCCCCGCUUUCCUCCACUACAUCCCUCCCUCCUCCCGUUCCGGCUCUGCCACCUACGACAGCUCUCCGCCUAUCGAUCCUCCUUACCAUAUCCUCUCUUCUCUCCCUCUCGGCGUUCUUCAUCUACAACAACCAGAGCGUGGGGCAAGCUGUCAGUGUCGGAGUCGGGAUGGGGAACGCUAUCUUGGGGAUCUGGGGAUUCUGGGUGGGGUUGUUUGGUUUCGGUGGUAAGAUUAGCAAAAAGACGGGAGCGGACAAGAGGACCUCGGCGUUCCCGUUCAAGAACAAGAACGCAGCUUCCGUGCAGAAGAGCAAAUGGAAGGCCGAACGAGGAUUUCAUUGAGACCGGGCGAUGAACGCUUCGAUAUUUUCCGCCGUUUAGUCCUAGAUCUAGGCGUGUUCACAGCCUCGUCAACGAAACGAUUCGAUGAUGAUCUUCUUCUUUGUAUACCAUACCCUACGAGCUGUUCCGAGGUCCGGCUGGAAUUCUGUAGAAGCGCAUGUUUGUCUACCCAGUCAUGCUGUAUGUUUCGUGAUUCUUCGAUAUGUACAACGCGAGGAGGUCGUACAUUCAUCAUACUCUUCGUCCAUC